CGCACGUCGUUUUUGUCGCGCGCGUUAGUUCAAACCCCUCUUUUUUGAAAGAGCCCCACGAAAACCGAAACUGAAAACUGAGUCAAACGAACAACACGCACACUCGCCCAUCACUGUGUGUUUGUGUUUGAGUGUGUGCGAGUGGCCACUAAAAGUAAUAUCGUGUUUACAAAAAAAAUAAGGAGGAAAAUACCCGUAAUACUACAAAAAUAAAAAACGAAAAAGUGCAAGUGUGGCAGCAAUAAUAACAGAAACGUAUUCAAGGCAAAUCCGUGGCAGUGCAUGCAGUGAAAAUGGAAAAUCUUUGAGCCUUACGCUUGAAAUGCCGCAUUUGUUGCGUGCCGAAAACAUUUGUCAAGCAUUUGUUGUUGUUGCUGGGGAAAACUGAGAAAACUGUUGCGGUUGCGGUUAAUUAAAGCGCGAAAAGUGGAACACAAGAUGUAAUCAUCCGACAACCCCAAAACCAACCAAAAUUAAAAAUAGUCGAAACAACAGGAAAAGGGGGUAAACGAAAAAGGCAGCACUAAAACGGGGAACCCCCAGAACAACAACUUAAUGUCCAAAUGAAAUAAGUGAAAUUUUCACACCGAAAUUAAUAAAGACAUUAGUGCGUGUGGGCGUGGCACAUUUGGGGCAUUUAACGGAGGCAAAGAUGUGUGCCCGGGAUCCCUUUACCCAGCACCAGCUGCCGCACCACCAUAAAACCGAGCACCACCAAUGCCACCAACAGCUGAGGGUGGAGCAACAGGCUCCGGGUGCGAGGAAAUCGGCCACAGGAAGGACGGCGGCCACGAGUUUGCAGAUCUGGUAUAUCCUACAUGUGAUACUAGUCCUAAUCGACAUUACCAGCUCGCUGACAAUGACCGAGGUGAAGAUACCCAAUCACAUAAUGCGCCUGAAGAGCGCCACUCUGGGCUGUCGUUACGCCCUCGACGGGGAGUCCUUGUACUCGGUGAAAUGGUAUAAGGACGGCAACGAGAUCUACCGCUAUCUGCCACGCAACAAGCCCCCCGGAGAGGUCUUCCCCCUGCCGGGCGUCAACAUCGAUCUGCGUAACUCCUCGGACACCCAGAUCCUCCUGCGCCGCGUAACGCUGCAGAGUUCCGGAGUCUAUCGGUGCGAGGUGUCCGGCGAGGCGCCCGCAUUCAACACCGUAUCCGAGUCGGAGACCAUGAACGUUGUGGUGACUCCCAAUCACGGACCGAAGAUAAGUGGUGGCCAGCCACGCUACCAAAUUGGAGACACCGUCCGGGUAAACUGCACCUCGUCGCCGUCCAAGCCCGUCUGUCACCUGAGCUGGCUAAUUAACGGGGAACCGGUGCAGAAGGCCCACCUGCGGCAGUUCGACAAGGUGGUGGUGAAUCGGGAUGGACUGGAGAUGGCCCGCCUGGGACUGGAGUUCCGGGUGAGGGCCUACCACUUCAAGCACGGCGACAUGAAGUUGAAGUGCGUGGCCAAGAUCAGUUCACUAUAUCUGCAGAGCAACGAGGAGAGUGUGGAAAGCGAUCGCCAGCAGCGGGCUCCCGCCUUAGAAUCUCGGGAGACGGUGGCCGCCAAGUCCAGCACGAUUGCUGCUGCCACUUCAAAACUGCCCUCUUUCCUCAUUGCAUUACUGCCGCCGCUUUUCCUGCUGCUGCUGUUUCAAGAUUGGACCUGGCCGAGAGACAGUUAACUAUUCCAAGAAUAAGGACUUUAAAAACUUCAGCCCAUAAACUAGCAAAGCCGUUCGACAAAGCAGACAUAUCCUAUGCCAAAAACUUUAAGACAAAAACCAAAGGAAUUAUUUAUAUCAUAACCUUUGGUUAAAUUCGAAAUUCAAUCGAUGUAUGUGUGCAUGAAAAUGGGUAAAAAGACCCUAAUUAAGAGACAGAUAUUAUACAAAAAAUAUCAAAAUGGUAACUACUAAACGCGAGCAUUUAAGAAGAGGCUAAGCAACUGUAAAUAUUUAUUUGUAACAUUAGGCAAUUGUCUCUAGUAUUAAGAUAUCGUUAUUUAGGCAAAACAUUCGUUGAUCUUUUGUGAUAUUUUCUUCAUUUUGAAAGCGAAAGGAAGUAAAACCAUGUAGGAUAUUAUUUGGAUUCAACCAAUUAAAUCUGAUUUUGCCUAUCCUUUCCAUUUUAUCACCCUCUUCGGGCAUAUCAAAAGCAACCAAACAUUUCGAUUGUAAAAAAAACAUAUUUGCACUUUGAUCUACAUACCAAAUCAACUCUAAAUCUUAUCCCAACCAAACUUUUCAUUAGCUUAAGAAUCUAAGCAAGUGUAAGAAAAUUGUAAAGCAAAAAGCAUAAACUUUAAAGCAUUAAACUAAAGAUAAAUAAAAUUAAAAAUAAUAUUUACAAAAUACCAUGCAGAUUGUAAGCUAAGCUAAGAUUGGGCAAUGCAUUCCAAAAAUUCCUCAAAGAGAAAUAGUAUAUGUAUGGAUACUCGAUCAAAAGCCUGUAGAUAGC